UCCAAAGCUGCGGACACGGUCUCCGUCGGCGGCAACGAGACUGAAAUCGAGGAACUGGUGGAUCAGGUCGUGAAGUUCAAGUCGCUGUUGUCGACGAAACGCGAACAGAUCGCCACUCUUCGCACGGUUCUCAAGGCCAACAAACAGACGGCCGAAGUGGCCUUAGCUAACCUCAAGAGCAAGUAUGAGACCGAGAAAGCCGUCGUCACGGAGACGAUGACUAAACUGCGCAAUGAACUCAAGAAUCUGAAGGAAGACGCCGCUCUAUUCGGGGUAAAAAUGAGGUCCCGGGGGUCGGGAGUAGUGAUAUCGUUGCGGUCUAUGUUCGCCGCCCGCUGUGAGGAAUACGUCUCGCAAAUCGAUGAAUUGCAGCGACAGUUCAAGAGCUCGGAGGACGAGAAGAAGACUCUGAAC